GGCCGGGGCGUCCGCACCGCCCUUAAACGCCGGCGCUGGGGCCGCGCUGUGGGGGAGGUGCUGCCGUACUCAGCAUGGCCGGUCCGGCGCGGCGUCUCGCGGCCCUCCUGCUGCUGCUCUGCGGCUGCCUCCGCGCCUGCCGGGCCGGCCUGUACGUCAGGGAAGGGCAGCACUGCUACAAGCCGGCCCCGCGCAGGGCGCCGGGGCUGAGAACCUACCCCCGGCCCCACGAGUACCUGGACAUCGCCAAGCUCCCGCAGAGCUGGGACUGGAGGAAUGUCAAUGGCGUCAACUAUGCCAGCACCACCCGCAACCAGCACAUCCCUCAGUACUGCGGGUCGUGCUGGGCCCACGGCAGCACCAGCGCCUUGGCAGAUCGAAUCAACAUAAAGAGGAAAGGUGCAUGGCCUUCUGCCUAUCUCUCUGUGCAGAAUGUGAUUGACUGUGCUAACGCAGGAUCCUGUGAAGGUGGAGAUCACACAGGUGUUUGGAUGUAUGCUCAUGACCACGGGAUUCCAGACGAGACCUGUAACAACUACCAAGCUAAGGACCAAAAGUGCAAGAAGUUUAACCAGUGCGGAACAUGUGUCACUUUUGGAGAAUGCCACGUGAUAAAGAACUACACCCUCUGGAAAGUUGCUGACUAUGGCUCUGUCAGCGGAAGGGAAAAAAUGAUGGCAGAAAUCUAUGCCAAUGGACCCAUUAGCUGUGGUAUAAUGGCUACUGAAAAGCUGGAUGCUUACACUGGAGGACUCUACACCGAGUACAACCCCUCACCCACAGUGAAUCACAUUGUAUCUGUGGCCGGGUGGGGUGUAGAAAAUGGAACAGAAUACUGGAUUGUCCGUAACUCGUGGGGUGAACCCUGGGGUGAAAGAGGGUGGCUGAGAAUUGUGACAAGUGCAUAUAAAGGUGGAAGAGGAGCAGAGUACAAUCUUGCUGUUGAAGAGGACUGUGCAUACGGAGAUGUUAUACUUCCUUGAUCCUACACUGUACAUCUUUUUGUUUAGUAACUUUGUUUGGAAUCGUCCCAGCACAACCUUGUCCUGUUUAAAGAAUAGCCUAAAACUUCCACAGCACAACUCCAUCACGCCGUUGUGCAAAACUAGCCCAGGUAACACCACACUGAGUCUUCAAAGAAAAAUAAACACAAAGCUGCCUUCAGAUAAUUAUUUAGAAUUUAAGCAAUUAAAGAAGUAAUUUACCUAUGAAAAAGGUUGUCUGCCUUGUUGCACGGUAUCUAAAUCAUACUGUCAUACAGAAGCUAUACGUAAAUCUUUGUGUAUAUAUAUACUUUUUUAUAAAUACAAAUUACAUAGGGUACUAAGACAGAAAAAGUAUACUUAUACUAAAGUAUACUAAAGUACUAAGUAUGCUUAUACUAAAGUAACAAGUAAAGUAUUAAGCAAAUACCAUACAGUUACGCAGAUUUAAAAACAAACUUAAGUCUGGAUGUGAUAUACUCAAAAACUAAAUUCUUGGCCUCCUAGUGAAAAAAUGUUGCUGUAAGUCUCAUUGCUUUUAUCCAACCGAAGUGAUAACAGGAUUUUCAGUCUUUUAUUUGCUCUAAUUCAUGACUGGCUUUGAUAUUUUGCUUCUAGGGAGGCAAAGUAUGAAUUGCUACAAGCCACGGCUCUCCUCAUGCUCACUAAUAUGAGGAAAGGCCACAAAUUCUCUUCCCUAAAACUGAGCCAGUUACUAAGUGGCGAUCAGUGCCAAAUCAAGUGUCACUAACUGGCAUUGUUAAUUGUAUUUAAUAAACUGACAAUAUUAUCUUA